AUGGGGUGUGGGUGUGGUGGCUAUCAGUGGUGUGGUAGGCGCAAGUACAUGGUGGUUAAAGUGCUGUGCAUAGUUGCUGCCAUUGCUAAUACAUCAGAAAGCAACAAAAUUAUACUAGAUAGUACUAAUUAUCCCGAUUGGAGGGAAGAUGUUGCCUUGCAGCUUGGUUGUUAUAACACGGACUUUGUCUUAGAGACUGACAGGCCUCCUAAACCAGCUGAUGACUUGGCUAAUAAAGAUUAUUAUGAACAUUGGGAGAAAACCAACCACCUUGCUCUCUUGAUGAUUAAAACAAGGAUUCCAAGGAGCAUUCGGGGAGCAAUCCCUAAGUGGGAAAUAACUAAAGAAUACCUAGAAGUUGUUGAUAAGCAGUUCAAACCAACGGACAAGCAAAUGGGAGGCACCAUUAUGUCAGAACUAUGUGCUACGAAACGCACAAGUAUAGAUGGAAUUAGGCAGCAUAUAAUGAAAAUGAGAGAUCUAUUCUCUCAAUUGAAAACCUUCGAGAUGGAAUUGAUUUAG